UAGUCGCUCCCAGCAGCCAUUGCGGCUCACUCUCUCUCACACACACACGCUGACAGCUGUUGAGGAGGAAGACAUGCCCCGAGCCCGGAGGAGUAAUAAGAAGGGCCCCAGCAGCCGAGGGUCCCGGACACGAGUGGAUUCUGACGGCAGCGACGAUGAAGCAGCCAGCGAUGUCCUCAGUCACUGCAGCGAUGCGAGCGAGACUGUUAGUGUGCUGGAGGAGGGGUCCGGCGGCGACGCGCCAGACUUGCAGUCCUACCAGGAUCAGCGGGAAGAUAAGCUGAAAGAAAACAUCGACAAUCUGCUGGACAGGAGUGUGAAGACGAGGCUUACAGCGCUGGGGAACGUGCGUCUCGCCCUGUCCUCCCAAGUCUUCGGAGAUUUCUUGCUGGAGAGGAGAGUGACGCUCACGGACGCUCUGGAACGUUGUCUGAAGAAAGGUAAGGAGGAGGAGCAAUCUCUGGCCGCGGCCUUGCUGUCUCUUCUCUGCAUCCAGCUGGGAUCCGGCCCCGAGGGCGAAGAAGUCUUCCACAGCGUGAAGAACCUUCUGAUCAGCGUCCUGACCGACUCCAGCUCCGGAGCGUCCGCCCGACAAAGCUGUGCCACUGCGCUGGGGAUUUGCUGUUACAUCGCUGCUACAGAUGACGAGGACUUGGCUUCCAGUCUGAACUGUCUGGAAGGAAUCUUCACCUUGUUGUAUUCUGAGAACAGCGGCAGUCCGGCCAAUCUGCAAGGCCUGGCGUGUUGCGCCAUUCAGUCCUGGGCACUGCUGCUAACCAUCUGCCCCGCCAGCCGGAUACAGAAGGCGCUGGAAAGCCACCUCCCAUACUUCUCCGGAGUCCUGUCCAGUGAAAACGUCAGCCUGCGCAUCGCCGGCGGAGAAAGCCUCGCCCUUCUGUACGAGCUGGGACGCGAUUUGGAGGAGGACUUUGAGUACGAUGACGCGGACACUCUGUGUGUAACGCUAAAAGCCUUGGCCACCGACGGCAACAAAUACCGGGCGAAAACCGACCGCCGCAAACAGCGCUCCAUCUUCCGAGAUGUCCUGCACUACAUUGAGGGUGGGGAGUGCCAUGAGGAGACGAUCAAGUUCGGAUUGGAAGUCAUGUAUGUGGACAGCUGGGUGCGUAGGAGAACGUACUGCACCUUUAAGGAAACUCUGGGCUCCGGAAUUCGCUUUCACUUACAGCACAAUGAAGUUCUGCGAGACAUCUUCUCUCUGGGGGCCCCCCUUAUCCUGGACGCUGCCGCCAUCAAAGCAAGUAAAAUCUCCCGGGUAGAAAAGCAUAUGUUUAACUCCGCCGCGUUCAAAGCGAGAACUAAAGCCAUGAGCCGCGUCAGAGACAAACGAGCGGAUGUCCUAUAGUCGCCUGCCAUCCUCUCCAGACACUGUACCCGGAGGGGAGGGGGGGCGCGCCCCCGAGAUCGGAGGAGCCCCCCACACCCCACCCCAUCCAUUAAAGACUUCCAUAUAUAUUUAGUAUCAAUUUAUUACCAGCUGGUGAACUUUAAAGAGCUUCACGCUGACCUGAACUUUUCAGCGAGAGAGGUGAGACUUGGCUACGAAGCACAGACCGACCCAAAAGUUUUAAUUUUUUUUUUUUUUUUUUAAACACCUGAAGGCGGACACUACAGCAUCUGAUUGGCCCCUCAACGUCGUGGUGCUUUUUUAUUUUAUUUUUGUAUUUCCAGUCCUAUCGGAGCACCAGGGACCGUCGCCAACGCUUCAGCAGUUCAUGCGCCUCCUCUGGUGUCGGGGGGAGGUCGCUUCUUUUACAUCAGAGCGGCGCAUGCAAAUAUCGGUUGGAUUUUUUUCAACCUUUUUACAACGAAUGAAGUUACGGGGGAGAGAAGAUUAUUUUAACAAGGACAUUUUUUUUGCUUUUUAAUAUAUGAUGUAGGUCUUCUGAUGCUAAAAAUGUAUUAUUUAAGUUAUUAAUGGACUUUUUUUGAUGAAAAUCUCGUGGACUGUUGUAAACCGCUCUGACUGUGUUUGGAAUCCCAACGCGGAGGCGGCUCUGUUAGUCGCCCGCUUCCCUAAAGACAAUGCAGGUUUUUGGCGCCAUCUACUUCCAGCCCAGGUACUGCAUGAAGUAAAUUCCUUUAAAAUUUGGACCUA